AUGGCCGCCGAGCCCGACACAAAUCCCGGCUCCGCACUGGACGCCCGUAGAAUCCAGCUUCCGCCUUCCACGCCCACGCCCACCUCUUUAUCCAUCGAAGACGCCCUCACCCGCCCCGAUCACCAUGGCCCCCCAGAAAUCCAACCGUCCCAGCCCGUCCCGCCCACCACACGGCUGAGGAGCUCCUCAACACCCGCACGCCACCAGCGCUUGCCCUCUCCCACGCCCCAGCUCCCCACCGGAGAUAGCCUUAUUUGCGCUGCCCACUCUGAGACCUCACCACUCGUAUCUCCGCCGCUGGAUGUAAGCGGACAAACCCCGAGGGCUUCCGCCUUUAUUGAAGAAGACGACGAGCGCUCCAGCACACCCGUCGCCGUCCACAGCCUCGCCGCGCCUUCGUGCCCUCCGCCUCAACUUGAGCAGCGGCCCCACAAGUCGUUCCGCGAGCGCCGACAUCGCAAGAACGCCGUCUCCAUCGACUCGGUUCCGCGACAGACCAUCAUGAAGGCUCUUGCGUCGCGCCCGCCGCCAACCUCCAACAUGUCCAUUGCCUCCUCCAUCAACGGCUUGUUGCAGAACAACCGCGACCGCGAACGCGAGCAGCAACAGCAGCAGCAGCAGCAAGACUCACAGACCCGCCCCGGCCUUUCGCGGAAGCGCCUCUCGGGCGCGCUUGCGGACCUAACUUUGAACCCUGAGUGCCUGACGGCCAGCAGGAUCACUGCCCUGGCCUCGCCGUGUUUCUUCCACAAGAAAUUCGAUGCUGCCGUCAACAUUGACAAGGUGCUGGAAGAGAUCCGCGAGGACGACGGCAUGUCGCACUCGCGCCUCCUGCAGACAGCCACGGGCGUGCGCGAGGUUUCCAAGCAGCUGCAGCGCCGCCCCGUAAAGAUUCCCGUCAAGAACGUCAUGAUUGUUACCAAGGCCCGCGACAACCAGCUUGUCGACCUCACACACGAGCUGGCUGACUGGCUGCUCACCACACCGCGACACGGCCGCGACGUCGGCGUCAACGUCUACGUCGACCACAAGCUGCGCAAUUCGAGGCGAUUCGACGCUGCAGGCUUGUUAGCCAAGGACGAACGUUUCGGCAACAUGCUACGCUACUGGACUCCGGAACUCUGUCUCUCAAUGCCCGAGAAGUUCGACCUGGUGCUCACUCUCGGCGGCGAUGGAACCGUGCUGUACACGAGCUGGCUGUUCCAGCGCAUUGUGCCGCCGAUCCUGUCGUUCAGUCUCGGAAGUCUCGGCUUCCUGACCAACUUCGAGUUCAACAGCUACAAGGAGCAGCUGUCGCGCGUCAUGGGCGAUGCGGGCAUGCGCGUCAACCUGCGCAUGCGUUUCACCUGCACCGUCUACCGCGCGAACCCCAGCCACGAUGCCUCGGACCCGGAGUCGCCGUCGCACCUGGAGGCCGAGCAGUACGAGGUCCUCAACGAGCUGGUUAUCGACCGCGGACCUAGCCCAUAUGUGUCAAACCUGGAGUUGUACGGCGAGAACGAGCUGCUCACGAUCGUGCAGGCGGAUGGUUGUAUCUUCUCGACUCCCACGGGAAGCACGGCCUAUUCGCUUUCGGCAGGCGGCUCGCUGGUGCAUCCGGACAUCCCUGCCAUCCUCCUGACGCCGAUCUGCCCUCAUACGCUCUCGUUCCGGCCGAUGCUACUCAAUGACAGUAUGUUGCUCCGCGUGGCGGUUCCGCGCAAUAGCCGCGCGACAGCAUACUGCGCCUUCGACGGCAAGGGGCGUGUGGAGCUGCGGCAAGGCGAUCACGUUACGAUUGCGGCGUCGCAGUAUCCUUUCCCCACGGUGCUUAGUCGGCCGACGGAGUGGUUCGACAGCCUCGGUAGGACGCUCCGCUGGAACACGCGCGGCGCGCAGCAGAAGGCGUGGGACGGGGCUGACGAGAAGGGGGCGGGCGAGGAGAAGUUCGACAUUGACAUCGACGACGACGACCCGGGCCGGGAUUCCGGGUACAGCGCGGCGACGUCGUCGGCGGGUAACAGCAGCCCGGUGAGGAGAGGGAGCGGGCUGUGGGCUUAG